GCGGAUGUGACCAGAAGUCGCUUGUAAGAAAAUUCAAUCAAAAUUUAAAUCCACUUAACAAGAAGGUGCUAAAACGUAGCAUUGUAUCCAAACAGCUCAGUUGCUCUGCCAAAUUUUACACGUUUUCCCUUUAAAUCCGUAGUCUGCAGACCAAGCUACAAAGUUGACCUUUGAACCCUGGAAGCAGAUAGCAGACAGUGCAGUGUGUGCUUUCAUCACAGAUCAAAAGUUAAAGGCUGACACUCCUUUAAAUGAGCAGUGUUGAAGAGGACGCUACUCUCUGCAGCAUGACACGUUGAAGACCCCGUUUGGACAUUUCUCCUUCGUUUCUUUGAGUUUCCUACAGCCGUGAUGUUGCCACCGGUGGAGGUGUCUGUGUUCCUCUUCUCCCUCCUGGUGCCUCCUCUUUUCUACGCCAUGAACAGCAAACCUGCUUUUAAGGAACCUCAGCCAGUCCUGGUUAUGGAGGUGGUCAUCCUGUGGUCGGUGCUCGUCCUCUCCCAUCUCUCUGUGCAGCACAAGAAGAAAGUCGACCCUUUAUUCUACGUGUUUGCAAUGUUUUCGUCCACCUGCCUGGUGGGUCUGACCAACGCCUUAGAGCACGACGGCUUUAUUUCUGGUUUCAUGGGCUUCUAUUUAAAGGGUGAACCUCAUCUGAGCACCGCCUACGCUGUGAUGAUGUCCUACUGGGAGGGCGUGGUCCACUUUCUCCUCCUCCUAAUUAUCAUCCACCGUAUGUUUGCAGGGAAGUCUUACCGAAACCUGGGCUUGCUCUGGGCAGGCUCCACCAUCGCUCAUCAAAUUGUUCUAAUUCCAGGAGUGGUUGUUGGUAAAUACGGAUCAAACAUUCGUCCAAUCUUUUGGGGGAACGCCCCCUUCUUCCUGUUGCCUUUCUGGGCGGCUGCCAUGCUCUUCAGCAGACCCAGGGAAAUGCCCAUCGUCACAGCAGACAAGAUCGCAGCUGAGCAGAAGAAAAGUCUGUUGUUCAGACCGGUCGACCUCGUCCUUUCACUUCUCUUGAUUGGAGCCCUGGGCUUCUCUGUUUUCAGAGGCUUUGUGGUGCUGGACUGUCCUCUGGACACCUGCUUCACUUACAUUUAUCAGUAUGAGCCAUAUCUCAAAGACCCAGUUGGGUUCCCCAGGAUCAUGAUGCUGGUCUAUUUAUUCUACGCUGUUCCUCUGCUGACUCUUAUCAUCUAUGGUCUAUACACACCUGGCUGUGGCUGGGUGUUGGACUGCACCCUCUUUUUUGCAGGAGCCAUGGCUCAGACCCAGUGGUGCCACAUUGGUGGAUCUCUGCACUCCCGCACUCCCUUCACUUACAGGGUGCCAUCAGACAAAUGGUGGCCUGUUAUCAGUCUAAAUGUGCUGCUGGCGGCUGUGCCCACUCUGCUGGCCCUGCGCUGCCACAGCAACCCUGCCUUUUUUCUGACACCUGUUCCCACAGGCCAGACCAACGGUGAGAAGAAGAACAAAUAAAAGCACACACACACCGCCCACAGACUGCUGAGAAAAACCCAACCAGAAAGAUGUUUCCUGGAGAAUUUUUUUCUGAACUCAAACCCAUUUUCAUCCAUCAAAAAGAAAGUUAAAAACAUAAGCCACCAAGGCCAGCACUCCCUGCAUGGACUAUUGAACCCUGAUAAGGAGGCAGCAGCUGAGGUUGUGAUCGUCUUGCACAGCUCUCAGGUGAAUCAACUAGAGGAUAUUAGCUUUAUUAGCAUCACAUGACUAGCAUUUUUUAAGAGAUUGACCUGACAAAAUGAACACUGUCAACAUGUGAUCAGGCUAACACAGUAGAGUGUGAGAUGUUACUGAAAACCACAUUCUGACCAGUGCUGUGUAACGCCUGUUCUCUCUGCGUUCCAAAACAAGUUUUGGUUUGUACAUUUGAAAAUGACAUGUGUCUUCUGCUGUCAAUCGGUUUGAAUAAUUAAUGAAAAAAAGCUCAUUUCUGUUCCACUUCUUUUGUAAAAUAAAAAUCCUACAAAGCACAGGGAUUCCCAAACAGACCAAAUUAUUCAGAAAAAUGCUUAGCAUCCAGCUAAAAUAUAGAAAAAGCUAAAUACUACCUGAAAACAUGUUGUUGAAAGUUUGGAAAAUGGCAAAAAAUAAUAUGACAUGCCACCAGUUUCCAGUCUGAGCCAAUACUAGAUCUAAACAAGUCAAUAUUAUUUGUGUAGCCUAGAUUCACAAACCACUUCACAAUUUUAAAUAAACUUUGAAAUUACACUUAAAAUAUCCUCCUAAAACAUUUAACAAUGAGAAAAAAUGGAGGUGUAUAGAGUCAAUGUAUAUAUGAUAUAUUAAGUUUAAAUGAACAAUACAAACUGAAGCAGGAUAAAGUUACGGUUUCACACAAGUAAACGAGUAAACUCAGCCAACAUUUGGCAAAAUAGCCAUUAGCUCUAGUGCUAGUUAGAAACAUGUGACUACUACAUGUAGCAAAAUGGCUGAACUGAAGUUAGCCAUAAUAUUGUAUGGCUAACUGUAUAAUAUAUGAUUCUAAAUUAAGUUGAAAUUGUGCCUGUCUGGUGAUGUCACCGUGUGUCGCACAGUGUGGAGCAGGUGAGGUAUGAAUCACAGGUGAGGACAAAUUAAAAACAUUUAAGU